AUGUACACAUACAUCUCAGGUGAAAAGGCGGUAAGCGCCUUGCUGGAGAUAUUGGAGCGAGAAGAGGAUAUCCUGGAGGCAGAACGGAUAAGGAAGGAAUCGCCAACACGAUUGAUCAACCUGACAGUAAGGAUCACAUAUUGUACAUAUAACGGUAGUAUCUACGAGCAAAUAUUUGGACUACCGAUGCGAUCUCCAUUCUCAGCUCUUUUCGCAAAUGUAUACAUUGACAAGUUGGAAAGGGAAUUCGAGAAGUCACCAGCUCAACCAAGAGUGCUCAUGCAAUACUUGGAUCACUACUUUGCACUUUGGUCACAUGGUAAGGAAAAUUAA